UUAUACACACUCGUCUGCAGUGUGAGAGUUCAGAGGCCGUUUACAUGUCGUGUUAAUAGAAAUGGCUUCUAUCAUUUGGUUAACGGGUAGGCGGUUGUCUCGACUCGUUUCUCCGUUCGCUCAGGUUGUUGUGCGGCGGCCGGUUCUGCAGUAUGUGUCGGCUCCAGCGCGGUCGGUUCACCGGGGGAGUGUGCGGCGUGCGGCGGAGAAAAACUCGCUGAGCCGGACACGAGUACCGGAGCAACACUUCCUCACUGAACUAGAUAAAGCCGACGCGCUGAUGCUGCGGAAGUCUCAUGAAACAGGAUUUUUGUCCUGGUUCCGGAAUGGUUUGCUGGCGACAGGCAUUGGAGUUAUUGCCUUUGUACAGAGUGAUGUGGGCAGAGAGGCGGGAUAUGCGUUCUUCAUCCUGGGAGGAGUGUGCGUGUCGUUCGGUGGCGCGUCAUACAUUGGCAGUCUUCUGACCCUACGGAGGAUCAUGCUGCUCUCGCUGCCCGCUGUGCUGCUUCACACGGCUGUGGUGUCCAGCGCUGCCCUCUUCUGGCUGUGUGCGGUAUCACUCUACAUCGGCCGCCUGGAGGUGGAGAUUAUUCACGACGAUGAAGACGAGCGUGGAGGAGAUGACGCUGGGGAGUGUGCCGACUGCAGGGCGCGACGCGAGAGACGUGGUGCUGAAAAUAAAGGCCAAGAGAAGUGAGAGAAGAGGAGAAUCUAAGUUGAAAUAACCUUUGUACUCUGACCAAGGACCAGACCUCUUUAUUCAUAAGCUGUUUAAACUGCUUUAAAGGAACAGUUCACCCAUAAAUGAAAAUUCUGCCAUCAUGCACUUAUGUUGUUUCAAAACCUGUAUGACUUUCUUUCAUCAGUAGAAUACAAAAGGAAAUGUUAGAUAGUAGCCUCAGUCACCAUUCACUUUCAUAGCAUCUUUUUUAUCAUACAGUGAAAGCCUUGAGUGUUCCACAGAAGAAAGUUAGUCACACAGAUUUGAAACAGUAUUAGGGUAAAUGUGUAAAUGUGAACCGUUCCUUUAAUAGAAAAGCAAAAACUGCCUUCAGGUCAGUGUAGAGUGGCGGCUUCUACCAACAUUGUUUCGCAGUACUCUAAUGCUUGAUUUAUUCGGUCGAGUGAGUAUUGGUGUUUGUUAUACUCUUAAAUAUGGGCUGUCUCUCUGGCCACAAAAGGGUCAGAGCCAUAAGUGCACAUUUGUCCUUUGUAACAUUACUUUUUUUUUGUAGGAUAUGAAUGCAGGAACAUGAAAACAAAAGAGUGUAAAUGUAAAAUUGCACACACAAAAAAAAUUCCUUUAUCAGUGUUUUUGUCUUAUUUUUCAGUAAAAAUAUCUUAACAUUCUUUAAACAAGAUACAUUUGCUUUCUUUUAGCCUACUUUUACUUAAAAUUUAACAAGACUUAAAAUUAUAGCAAAGAAAAGGUAAUAAGACUUGUUUAGAAUAAAAGAGAAUUUAUCUUGAAUUCAGUAAUUCUUUUUUCUAACCCCACUGGCAGACUUUAGUUUUUAUUUAUUUUUUUUAUUUUAAAGGGAUAGUUCACUCAAAAAUUUAAACUCUCUCAUCAUUUACUCACCCUCGUGCCAUCCCAGAUGUGUGACUUACUUCUGCAGAACACAAAGAUUUUUAGAAAAAUGUCUCAGCUCUGUAGGCCCAUACAAUGCAAGUGAAUGGUGACCAGAACUUUGAAGGUCCAAAAAGCACAUAAAUGCAGCACAAAAGUUACACAUAUGACUCCAGUGGUUAAAUCUAUGUCUUCAGAAGUGAUAUGAUAGGUGUGGGUGAGAAACUUCCACAUUAUUCUUUUGUUUUUGGCGAUUGGCAUUUUUCAUGCAUAUUGCCACCUACUGCGCAGGGAGGAGAAUUCAAUUUUACAUAGUUAAAUAUUGAUCUGUUUUUCACCCACACCUAAUAUAUUGGUUCUGAAGAUAUGGAUUUAACCACUCAGAUGGAAUGGAUUACUUUUACGCUGUCUUUAUAUGCUUUCCGGUCCUUCAAAUUCUGGUCCCCAUUCACUUGCAUUGUAUGGACCUACAGAGAUGAGAUAUUCUUCAAAAAUCUUUGUUUGUGUUCAUUUUUUUUGGUGAUCUAUCCCUUUAAGACUAAACCUCACUAAAGUUCAAAACACUUUGCCAGUGGGGUACAAAAAACUAACUGAAUUUUCUGAAAACAAAAUACAUUUAUCUUGUUUUAAAAAAAUGUACAUAUUUUUAUUGGAAAACAAGACAAAACUACUGAGUAAGUUCACAGAUUUUAUUUAGUGAAAUGCUCCACAACUAACAGUUCUGACAUAAUCACUUUUAUAAUCUUAGGCCACGUCGUCCACACUAAUACACUUUAGUUUGAAAAGGCAUUGAUUUUGCUACAUUUAUGUCUCUCACCCAGAAAAUGAAGGUUUUCGAAAAAGCUCUCUAGUACAGCAUACUUUGUAAAACAAUGACGUUAGGACACUUGAGAGUUUUUGUGGACGUGUGGAUUAGUGAGGACGUGGCCUUGCACACGUUUCUCACAUAGAACUUGUUUAUUCAACCAGCAUUUCUGUAUAAUGGUUCCAAGCGAACUAUUUUUCAUCCCUUUACACCCUGAUCAGGUUGAGUUUAAAAAAAAUAUUUUUUAUAAUUACCUCAUGUCUGUCACAAUUCAGUUCUGAUUUUCUGCGCUAGUGGACGCAGUCGAACUCUGUACAAUCAUGCCUUCCAUAUUUAAUUGGAAGAGAUGGCAUUCUCCAUUGAACUUUGCUUCGAAUAGACUUCUAGACAUCUUAAUGUCCUAACUUAUAGUUUUCUCUCAACAGAGGUACCAAUCCAUAACAAUCUUUGCUCAUUUUUCAUGAAUGAAUCCAAAGUCCAGAUAUUAGUGAACCUUUUUUUUGAGAUACACUGAUUCACUGUAUGGGAGCAUCUGUCUGGAGUGUUUGUACUCCUGUGCAUGUUUACGUUUAAUCAGUUCUGUGAAAUGUAUGACUUAUCCAUGCUGGCUAGUUUUCCUUUUUAAACCAAUACAAAAAUUGUUAGAAUACAAGUAGGAAUAGUUCAAUCUUGUAAAAUGACCUUUUCCUAAUUAAAUUGUUGUCA